AUGGAAAGACUUGAGGAACUAGACAGUUUGCAGAUUGAGAAUUGUGAUUUAUUAGAAGAAAUAUUUGAGCCACAAGGACUCAUUGCUAAUCAAUCUCAUGCAGCAACUUCUACUCAUUCUCUUGCGGUAGAAACAGAGGCUAAGUUUGUGUUUCCCAAAACAUAUUUGCUUCAGAACGUGUGCCACAAAGUAGACAUAUUUGCUUCAGAACGUGCUUGCUUUGGAGAAACGCAGACAGAGAGUCAGGUUGAAAUAUCAAAUCAGGAACCCUUGUUUUGGGUCAGUGAGGUUACAUUCCCUAUCUUACAAAAAUUAAUAUUGGAGAAGACUGCUACUUCGAAAGGGAUAUGGCAUGGACAACUCUCAAGAGACUGUUUCAGGAAACUAAAAGUUCUUGAGCUCAUACGUGUCCCUGGGAAAUCAGAUGCUCUUCCAUUUUGCUUCAUUCGGUCUUUACCAGCUCUUAAAACGUUGGUUCUAAAUGAUGCUUCCUUCCGUCAAAUAUUCCAGUCUGAAGGACUCGAUGAGGAAGGACAUUCAUCAGUUCCCACUCGGUUAAGUAAAUUGCGGUUGUCUAAACUUCCAGAGCUGACACAUAUCUGGCAGGAAGAGUUCCGAGCAGCUUUCUGUAAACUGAGAAUUCUUGAAGUAGAGGAAUGUGGCAAAUUCAAGACUUUAGUCCCCUCAUUGGCGUCUUUCGAAAAUUUAACAACUCUGAAAGUUUCGAGAUGUCAUGGAAUCUUCAAUUUAGUAGCAUGCUCAGGAGCUAAGAGCCUGAUGCUGCUAAAAAGAUUGAGCAUAAGUGAUUGCAAGAUGAUAGAGGAAAUCAUAGCAUGUGACGGUGAAGAAAUAAAAGGUAGCAUUGUUUUCUCCAAACUGGAGUAUUUGCAAUUAAGUUGUCUACCAAGUCUAGUAAGCUUUUCCUUAGGGGAUCACAACUUUGAAUUCCCGGCCUUGAAAAAGAAGAUUGUGAGAGAGUGCCCAAAGAUGAAUUUCUGUCAAGGAGAUUCAAGCACAUCAAAGCUGAACGAGUGCAAUUGACAGAAGAUGAAGAUGAAGAUAAAGAAAGAGGGCGCUGGGAUGGCCACCUUGAAGCUACUACACAACAGCUUUUUAUAGAAAUGACAGGGAUACAAAUGUCAGCCGCCUUUGCUUCUCCCUAUCCAGCUUCCUAGCUUGCUAAAAUGACGUGGCUUCCUGACCCUACUGAUAUUUCUAAGUGCAGCUCUCGCAGAAUUAAUUCAUUAAUUCAAACCGGGAUGGUGAUCUAUAGAGGACUAUGAUUAAAAGCAUUAAAGAAUCUUAUUCAGAUGUGCAUUACAAAGCUUUAUCUGAGUAUUCAGUAGCCAAUCGAAUUUACUAAGAUGAAGUAGAUACAAAUAAGUUUAUAUUUCUGCCCUCUGAAGCUAUAAACAUAAAGCUUUUAACGACUUCUUGUUAGUCAAUGAAAAUGAUUGUAAAAUGCAAAUUUGUACCUUUCCAUGCAUAGCUAACAAUUCUUCCUCUAAUCCGUCCAUAUGUUGUACUUUCUUAUGAUCACAGAAUGUCCAAAAUUCUGAAGUGGGAGAGGUUAAUCUUCAGUUACCCAAUCUGGAAUAAGGCAAUAUGUUUUGGUGAUUGUGAGAUAAGCUCAUUUCCCUUCUAUUGAAAUCAGAUGGUAAUUAAGUACCUGUUCUACUUUCAUAAUUCUUCCCUUCAUCAUGGCGCAGUUCCUUUAUACAGUGAUGGUGGAGAUGCCUUCUCAUUGCAGGUUGAAUUUAUCUAGUUUGUAAAAAGAAAAAGGAAUUGCUCUGCUGAAGUAUGAGACUGCCACUUUCCAUUGAACCCGAAAGGUUAUUUCACUUCCUACGAAUGUGUUAUUUGAACUUCAGUUUGCAAGUAAUGAAUUUCAGGUGCAUCAUGCUUGGCACUGUAAACUACAAAUAUGUAUCAUGUUGAUCAGCCAAGACUCCCCUGUUUUAGUACACCCAACUAUUCUUCUUCUUCAAAGCUGAUGGAUUUUCCCAUUCCUUCGUACAUGUCAACCACAUCAUACGACUGAUUUGUAAAUCCUUUAACUGUUAUUUUCUCAUUUCUCUUCUAUGGUACAUAUUAAGAGUCUAAGGGAGGGGAGCAGAGGGGAUUCGAACCUUGAAUCUUUAUCCUCCAAAGAACAGGUAAAAACCAAGUCAGGGUUAUUGUUUCCUCAUGAUCGGAUAAUUUAUUGCAUUUUAGUGGUUUCUUAUCAUUGGAUAAUUGGCUUGCUUGGAUUUUUUAUGUCCUUAAUUCCUUACAAUAAAAUUAAAGAAAAAAAAUCACAAAGUAACUUAAAAUAGCAACCCAUAAAUUAUGACUAUUAGCUUCAGUAAAUUACAACAACGCUGAGUUUAUAACAGAAUUAAGAUCCAAAUGAAAAUUAAAAGAUGAAGCUUGAAAAUAAUGUGUGACCAAAACAACACGCUAUAGAAAGUAAUCCUGAUGGAGCUGGUGGUGGAUGUGGUUCGUCCUUAGAUUUCUUGCCAGGAAAAUGUGUUGCGCCUGAAGCAAUAAUCACAACAAUACAGAAGCAAUAGACAACAAUCAAUAAUCAAAUGCGCAGGAAAAAUAAAGCACACCAAGAUUUACGUGAAAAACCCUUCAGUGUAAAGGGAAAAAACCACGGACUACCAGAAAAAUCUUCACUAUCAAAUAAUAGCUAUACAAAGUUCUUCUCUAGCUAAAACUAGAGCUAAUCAACAACUA